AUGGAUGAAAUGGUUGGAGGAAAUCCUUUUCACUGCAAAUUUGACUCAGAGCUUAAAGAAAAUGAGCUAAAAAAUUUAAGGAAUGAGGUAAAAAAAUCGUUGGAACCUAUGGAGUGCCGUAGAUCGUCUAAGAACACAGAAUCAUUGAACAAAUGUGAUGUGCGACAAAUGCUGAAAGAUGAAACCGAGGAGAUAGAAAGACUAUCUGAUCGCAUUUCGGUUAGAAUGAAGCAGUUCCUGGCAGCGUUAAUUAACGAAAGUUUAGAUUUACUUGGAACACCACCUUGUGAUCAUGAAGUCAUUGUUCUUGGUUCAUUAGCGAGAAAUGAAAUGACGCCAUACUCCGAUUUCGAAUGGGCUAUUCUCACGAAUUCAGAAGAAGAAGAAUGUAAAGUUUUCUUUCGAAAUUUAAAAAACCUGGUUUAUUUGCAGGUAGGCAAAGUUUUUUACUCGUAUAAUUUUCGGUAGUCUUAUGUUUCUAUCUUAUUAAGCCCCGUUUUCAUUGGCAAGUUUUAUUUGUGUACGAAAAAAAUUGACAAACAAAAGGCAAUCCAGACGAGAGAUAAAUGUUAAAGUGUAGGAGCAACAAAAAAUUUUGUUGCUUCACUGAAAGAGCAUGAAGAAAAUAAGCCGAUUGGCCGUUUAAUGCUCUAUUUUAUCUCAUCUUGUUCUGAAGUUAUACGCAAAAAUGUGCAAAAUAUAAAUUGCUGAUUUAGCACACCGUGUGACGUCAUUAGCUGGGUAAGUAUGUUUAAUGAAUACUAAACUGAAGCAUAAUAGCUCAGUUCUUAUGCGCCCAAAUCAAAUUAAAUUUUGGUUGCUGAUUGUACAUGAGACGCAUUGAAAAACACUUCUAAUUUUUCAUAGCUUUAUCAUGGUAACUAUAAGAAUCAUGGUAACUAUCAGAAGUAUGUGUACCAUACCUAUGCAUGCCAACAGUUUACUUGCAUGAUAAUAAUUCGAAAAUGACAUACACAUAGAUAAAUGCAACUAGUUAUUCAAAAACAGUGUAAGGGGUCUGGAAACGAGUGUGUUGCCUUGACAACAAAAUUAGAAGUAUUUUCUAAUGCGUCUCAUCAUGUACUAUCUGUAUGUAAAAUUUCAUUUGAUUUGACCCAACAAUAACUGAGCUAUGCUUCAGUUUACUAUAAACUUCAAUAAACAUACUUACCCAGCUGACGUCACACGUUGUGCUGAAUCAGCAAUUUAUAUUUUGCAUAUUUUUCGUACAAUUUCAGAACUAGACUAGACAAAACCUAUUGUAUUUUCCGAACAUGAAGUAUCUAAAGUUGUUGUCAUGGUAACACGAUAAUUUUUUAAGAAUUAAGAAUAUUCUUACAAAAGAAAAAUCGCCUAAAUAUAUCACUUUUAAUUACAAAAUUAUCAAUUUCCCAACAUAUAUAUGUUAUUAUACGUAAUAUAAGCUUCAAUUUAAGGUAAAAUUCAACCACAAUUAACGCUUCGCAAAACGUUCGUUUUAAAGUGUUCUUUAUAAAACUAAACCGCCUGCAAUGAAAUGGCUUUAUCGAUGAACGUUGAGUUUGCAAUAAAUGAUUUCAAUUUCUCGCAUGCAAAUAACUUUGCUUUCUUUUUUAUUUAUUUAAAAAAUUCAAUAUAAUAAAAAGGGAAUCAAUAUUAAAGAUACACUGAAAUUUUAUGCUGUCUUGUUUAGUUGUUUCAUAUACGCAAAGGCCGUCGUGUUUUAAAGCAAUUAUAAAAUCAAUAUUUAAAACAAACUUACCUUCGUUAACGUCGGCUCCCUUCUUUUAGCCGAUUCUUUCGCCCUUUCUUUCUUAAAUUUACAAAAUCUUGCAAAAAUGCGAGCAAAAAUGAAAUGUAUUUGCAAGAAAUUUGCCAAUCAUCAAAUCACAAGAAUGAUCAAAUCAAGAAAUGUUUGCUAUUUCGCUGUCGUCAUGCAGUCGUUAGUAAUGCAAACUUUAAAUUGGACCAAUCAGUGUCCGCUAUUCAUGACCGUUCGCCAUAUUUUUGAGAUUAGUGAGGAUGACCACCCACCGAACCACUCACGGUAACCCACGCCCGCGCUCAUUGAUGAACUUUAGACUUGGCUAAUGCUUUCGUUUCCCCGGGUGUAAAUAGCCGGGGGGGAAUUAGUACCCUCGCACGGCGCUUCGCGCCGUCGGCUCGGGGAUGAAAUAGAAUAGAGCAUUAAACGGUUAAUUGGCUUACUUUUUUAUGCUCUUCCAGAUGAAGCAAUAAUUUUUUUUGUUGCUCAUACCCUUUAACAACAUUCUGUGUACACGAACAACAAAACUUGUUGAGCUUCACUCUAAAUCCUAUUUACUCGCUUUCGCCAAACGUACAUUAUUCGAUUUUAUAUUUGCCUCGACGUUCCGUGUCUCGGUAAAUAUCCGUUAUGAAUGAUGCUUAAACAUAUUGGUCUCCGUCCAUGCAUUUACUCUGUUCUCUGAUUGGCUAUCCCCAUUUUAAGACAGCCUGAAAGUAGCGAACUUCGUUUCAAAGUUUUGAAUUAGCUACUUUUGCAAUUUCGCAACACGUAGCAGAAACUUUAUUUGAAAUGAAGUGCAAUAAAGCGUAGGGGGCGAAAAUCGUGGGGGGAGGGAUGGUGAAAAAGUAUAGAAUAAACAAAGCAGGAAAGGAAAACAUUUAGCGAUGAAAAACACGGGUAAAGCGAAGGGUGGCAUGAGUGAAAAACAAAAAUAAAUGGAAAAGAAUCCAGGGUAGGAAGUCUACCAAAGUUGGAAAUAUAUUUGAGCAAUCUUUACCUUACUUUAGAUUAUCAACCUGGGAGAAACCAUUUUACCCAGUAUGAAUUUCAAAGCAAUUAAUGAGGAAUGGUUUUAUGAUGACAUAACAACAAGAGGAGUUUCGUUUGAUGGGUUUCUUCCACAAGCGUGCAAAACGCCUUUAGGAAAUAUGCCAUUAGGAAAGAGGCUAGAAUUUGAGCUGAUAGAAAAUAUGCCGCAAUUUGAAUUGAUAGAAAAUAUGCCGGAAUUUGAACUGAUAGAAAAUAUGCCGGCAUUUGAACUGAUUUAUACACCAGAGAAAAUGGCAAAUUUCCAGAACAACGAUUGGUAUCGCAAGAAUUGGAAAUUAGGAGACACCUUAUUGACCUUUUCCCCUCUGCAACCGGAUAAACACAUAUUAGUUGAUGCUUAUCGGAGAGAGAUGGCUAAAAUCUUGUCCUGUCCUUGUGAUUCAGCAUGUUGUAAACAUGAUACUUCGUGUGGUGCUUGGCCUACCCGGGGAUCUUGCCGAGGGCUGAGAACUCUUUGCGAAGAUGUGUCCCGUUAUGGGGAUGUGGUGAUCGGCAAUAACGUCUUGGACGAUGGGAAAAUUUAUGAUGUCAAAAAGGAAAUUUAUCGUUUAACAGACCGUGUAUUUGCUGCACUGGCCAAAUGUUAUGAAGUUGAUGCAAGCGGAACUUUUGCCAUACUUGACGAACUUUACAGGAGGGAAAUAAUUUUGUCGGAAACAAGAGAUAACUUUGCAAGUGCUUCGGCCAUUGCAAUCAAGCUGAGAAUAAGUACUUAUCUCAAAGCUGGAAAACAAGGGGAACAGCUCAUGGCAAGUUCAAACUACGAAACAGAGACUUCCGCUUACUAUAUGCCAAAUAGUGAAGAACUGUUUCACUUUUUCUUUAUUGCCAUUCCUUUGUAUGAAGAGUUAAAAAAGCUGAAGGCAGCCGGAAACAUACCGCCGUCGCUUAAACAAAGUUCAUUCUUUGACGAUUCUGACGCCACAAUGGGUCAUAUAUAUUGUCGCUUGUUAAACUAUGACGAAGCUUUUAAAUGCUACGACCGUACUCUUCAACAGGAUCCAGAAAACCUGAGUAUUGAAAUCCGUCGAAUAAGCAUUGCACUUUGUAUCACAAAGGGCACAGAAGAGAUGGAUAAAAUUCGAGAAAAUUUGGAUACAUUGUUGUGUAAGAUAGACCAAAGUUGGUCUGAGCCGCAUCAGAAAAUCACACCAUUUGUCAGACGCAUGGACUUCCAGGAAAUUCAGCAAUUGCUAGAAGUAUUGCUUGUGGCUUCCUCAUUUUUUGAUUGUCCCAAAUAUUCUGAAUUGGCAGGAAACAUUCUAUCCCAAAAGAGUACUAUAAGGAAAGACAGUGCACGUGGUGGAACAGAAUGGGUUGAAUUGGUCUUGAUGGAAAUCGCGUUACAGCGAUAUUUACCCGAGAGUUCUGAUCAGCAGCACCUAAUUUACAUCGUCACUUCUAAAAUGUCAUCUUUAAUUGACGAAGAAGGUGUGAGCAUUAAAAGUAUUCGGUGGUUAAAUAGGCUUGGUGAGAUUCUACUUGAAAUGCGUAAUCUUGACAAAGCUUAUCGUUGUUUUCAAAGAGCAUUGAGUAUGGAGCGUCUCCUUUACCAAACCAAACCAAACAUGAAUACGAUGACAUCUUUAUAUUUUCUUGGGACGACGUCAUUCUACUUGUCAAUGUGUAGGGAAAGCAAAUUUUACUUCGAAUCGUUGGUGCAACUGUUUGAAUCAUUUGGUAGACCUAGCGCUAGAUUAAUGGACGUUAAGAAAGCCUUUUUGUACUUGGCGUUGGUGAGCCAGAUAUUGGGAAAUUCUGCGGAGGAAUCUGUGUGUUACUUCGAGAAAGGUAUAAAAGCAACCACAGGAAGCCGAAAUGAUGCAGAAUUAAAAUUAGAUUGUUUGCUCUACUGUUACUUAGCGGAUACAUGGCAUGCUCAACACAACCAAGAGCAAGCUUGGAAGUCUGCUUUGGAAGGAAAAGCCUGCAUAAGAAAAAUUGUUAGAGUUCAAGUCAGAGCACAAACGACUUGUCAUCUUGCUAACACCUUGGCUAAAAUACAGAAAACAAAUGAAGGAAUUGAAAUAUUGAAGGAAGAAGUUCAAGAACUCACUUCCCAGUCUCAGAUGAAAGAAAAAGCCUUGUGUCUGACGAAGCUUGGUAAACUUUGUUUUGAGCAAGGCUUGGCGUCAGAUGCCUAG